AUGUUUUACGCGCAUUUUGUGCUGGCCAAAAAGGGACCGCUGUCCCGGAUUUGGCUGGCCGCGCAUUGGGACAAGAAAUUGACGAAAGCUCACGUUUUCGAAACGAAUAUUGAGUCAUCGGUCGAGGGAAUUCUACAGCCGAAAGUCAAAAUGGCUCUCAGAACAUCCGGACAUUUGCUCCUUGGAAUCGUGAGAAUUUACUCUCGAAAAGCAAAAUAUCUGUUAGCCGACUGCAAUGAAGCCUUCAUCAAGAUCAAGAUGGCUUUCCGUCCCGGCGUGGUGGAUCUUCCAGAGGAGAACCGCGAAGCCGCUGUUCAAUCGAUUACGUUACCUGAGGUUUUUCACGAUUUCGAUAUCGGAAUGCCAGACCUGCCUGCCAUCGAUAUGGAGGCCACAAUCACCCUGAAUCAAUCGAGAGCCGAAGACAUUACAUUGAAAGAAGACUUCGGGAUGGGUCUCAUGAACGAUGAGGCCCAACUGUACGAUAUGACCUUCGACACUGAGGCCGAUAUCGGCCGUGAUUCAUCCCAACUCGACUUCGACUCGCAAUCGGUGAACAUUUCCGCAACAGAAAUCAGUGUGGCCAAAGAAAGUGCUCCCAGUUUAGCAGUUUCCCAGUUAGCUUCGCAAAAUUCAUUAGACGCCCCUCUCAACGACGAUGGUUUCGGAGGAAAUCUCGAUUCGGCCGGACUCGAACUUGAGAACGAGCCGCGUAGUGAACUUUACUCAGCAGGAGAUGCAGCUAAAUUGGAACCAGCGGAUCUUUUCGACGACACCCCUAUGACGCGUCGUCAGGCCCCUGACUCACAUUUGACGGACACCGAAAGCGAUAUGUACGAUAUGGGAACAGGCGGGAGCAUGGGAUGCUCGCCGGCGUCUUCAGCGGACGGCGACGAUCUGGACGACAUCAACGUCCAGCCCCCGAGCGCACCUCGAGACGACGAGUCGUCGCAACAUACGCAAAUGAACGAUCAUAUGACCCCGCUCGGGCUUCCCUCGAACCUGGGGCCGGACCUCAUGCAAACGCCAAUGGUCCCACCCGCGCCCAGAGAAGAACCCGAAACGUUCACGCUCGCACCGCUCGACACGACCGUCGAGCAACAGGCGGGACCCGCGGUCCGUCGUAUCCCCAACCGAAAACGAAAACUUAUCAUCGACGAAGUGAAGAACAUCUCCGGUGAGGAAAUGAAGGCCCAACUGUCGGACACGUCAGAUAUUGUUACCACUCUGGAUCUCGCUCCACCUACCAAACGUCUGAUGCACUGGAAGGAGACAGGUGGAGUUGAUAAGUUGUUAUCACUACCUGCGGUUGAGAACCGUAACUCGAAGUACAUUCAGAAACUCUACCAGUCACGCCUGGUGACGCGAUCCGUGGAAUCGGACGAGAGUCUAGUCGUUGCUCCCCAGGAAGAAGCUAGCGAAGGAAGCGAUAUUGCCAGAGAUCUAGCCGACAGCCGCCGAGACGACACCAUGCAUGGAGGUUCGCUACCGCCUAGCACUCCAGCAUCGAAACGCGCGAGAAUCGACGAUUUACCUCCCCCUACGCCAGGGAGGGAUUUCAACGAAAUGGGAGGCUACGCCCAUGCCCCCGGUACCGACUACGGAAGCGCCUACACUCCGUUUACGCCUGCACCUGCGACCCCGGCGCACUCACAGGGCGAUUUCAACAAUACUUUCCCCUCGAUGAGCGGGGACGAUCUUUCAGCCAACUUCGACUCGCUCCAGCAAAGUGGCAAUAUGGCCCCGCCGCCGACGCCGUUGCAUCCACCCCAAACGCCAAUGCAGCCCCCACAGACGCCGAUGCCUUUGCCGCAGACUCCAUUGCACGAGAUGGACAGUCAUAUGGAUGAUGGGGCGAUGGAUAUCCCUCAUCACGACGAUUCGGAUUCUGAUGAUGACGCGAUGCAUUCGAUCGGAGACGCCAACCACGACGAGCAAGCCGACGAUGAAACAUUCGAGGAGUUCGAGGAAAGAAUCCAAAACCGGCGAACGGUUCAACUUUUGAAACACGUCAAACCCGUACUGGAUUCUGGGAAGCCGAUUCGUUUUGCCGAUUUGGUACGUCACAAUUCUCGGAAGCAGGUCGCCCAAAAGUUUUACACGUUUCUUGUUCUUAAAAAGCAACAAGCCGUUGAAUUGACGCAACAACAGGCUUACGACGAGUUGUAUAUCUCUACCGGGCCUAAAUAUCAUACAGCGUUCGCUUCCGAGUAAUAGCGACGUCCGUGUAAAAUAAGAUUAUAGUCUAUAUAUGUACCUUUCAACGAAGAUGGUAAUUAUGAGGGCCCGGGACCAUAUGCACGGAUAUAUGCAUGGAAGAUACACACCCAAAAAAUGAUGGAGAAAACGUGUUUAUACGGGAUCGAUCUAAUAUUGCGAGCAAUCCCGAAGCCAUCGCUGGAGUUGCUUGCUGUCGAACUUGUCCGCCCGUCGCGAAGAAUCUUGCCCUCUCACCCAUCCAUCUUGAGGAUAUCCAAAUCUGAGCAAUUAAUUUUGAUGAUCUAUCGAAAGCUGCUCCCCAUCGCGUUCGAUAUAUGUCUUCCUUAUACAA